AGCCAGAUUCCGGCUCUGGCGCAGUUGUUGGGUGAUGUUCGCCCCGAAAUCUGAUUAAUUGGAGAUUUGGAGUUUGAUUUUUCUCCCUUGGUCCAUCAAGAGCUUUGCAGAGAGUCCUCUCUCUAGCAAGGCUCCGGGAAAAAAAUCCGCCCCCGAGAAGCUCCGCCCAGGAGAUACAAGACGGCUCCGCCCAGGGAACCCAGCUCGACUACUCUUCUCCAGAGAACCUACCCUGCUUCGGUGACAGCCCAGCCCUCCGCGGCCGGUCCCCGGGAGGUCCCGCCCCUGUGCCGGCCUUCACCCGGACUGCGCUCCUCCAGUCUGCUGCUACAGUCUGCAGGCACAGCGGCCUCCUCGCGUUCCUCAAUCCAUUUUGACCUACCCGAGUCUCUGCUUCCCCUGCAGCAUCUGCAAGAAUCAUGGCAACAAAUCCUGAUGCUGCUUUUGAGACCCUCAUGAAUGGAGUGACCAGCUGGGAUCUUCCCAAAGAAUCCAUUCCUAGUGAACUCCUCCUUAUUGGGGAGGCUGCCUUCCCAGUGAUGGUGAAUGACAAGGGCCAGGUGCUCAUUGCUGCCUCUUCCUAUGGCCGAGGCCGCCUGGUUGUCGUAUCCCAUGAGGGCUACCUGCUGCAUGCUGGCUUGGCCCCAUUUCUUGUCAAUGCAGUGAACUGGCUCUGCCCCUCGCCAGGGGCUCCCAUCACAGUGCAUUCCUCCUUGGCAUCACUGGUAAACAUCCUAGGUGACUCUGGUCUAGAAGCACUGGUUCAGUCUGAGCCUGGAGAGGCUCUGGGUGUUUACUGCACUGAUGCCUACAAUGACAGUUUGACUGAGAAGCUGGUCCAGUUUGUGAAGCGCGGUGGGGGCUUGCUCAUCGGGGGCCAGGCCUGGUAUUGGGCCAGUCAACAUGGCCAUGACAAAGUGCUGUCCAGUUUCCCCGGGAACCAGGUGACAAGUGUGGCUGGCGUGUACUUCACAGAUGUCUAUGGAGAUAGAGACAGAUUCAAGGUCUCUAAGAAGGUACCCAAGAUCCCACUCCACCUCAGGUGUUGGGAGGAGAUUGAGCGUGACCAGGAGCAGCUUCUGGAUGGCAUCUCUGAGUUGGACAUCAAGACUGGAGGUGUCCCCUCACAGCUGUUGGUGCAUGGGUCCCUGGCCUUCCCUCUGGGACUCAAUUCCUCCCUUGGCUGCUUCCUAGCAGCUGCCCACUAUGGCCGUGGUCGUGUGGUAUUGGCUGCCCACGAGGCCAUGCUCUCAGCUCCUAAGAUGGAGCCCUUUUUGUUCAAUGCUGUACGUUGGUUGGCUAGAGAUCAGAAGGACAAAAUUGGGGUGAACAAAAGUCUAAAGAAUCUGCAUUCCUUAUUGUUGGAUCAUGGCUUGAAUUGCAGUCUGGAGUCCCAUUUGACCAAUGACAUGUGUGUCUACUGCUGUGGGGCUUAUAGUGACCAGGAUGCCAAGAAAAUACAGGAGUUUGUUGCUGAGGGUGGGGGGUUGCUCAUUGGUGGUCAGUCCUGGUGGUGGGCUUCGCAAAAUACAGGCAGUUCUGCUUUGGCUGGUUUCCCUGGAAAUAUCAUCCUCAACCCAUUUGGCCUCAGCAUCCUGCCUCGUACCCUCAGCCCAGGCUCUUUCCCUGUUCUUCCUACAGAGAUAAGGAACUAUCACUUUCGCAGGGCUCUCUCUAAGUUCCAGGCUGUGUUGAACCAAGAGGGUGGGGACUUGGAAAAGAAGUAUUUGGCAAGGUUGGGAGUAGAUGCUGCAGGCUUCCUCCAGAUUCCUGCACAGGGUGUUCCUGCUUAUACAUCUCUGCACCGGCUCCUGAGGAAGAUGCUUAGAAAGGCAGGCCUUCCAGCUGUGAGCAAGAAAAAUCCAGUUUCCAGUCACUCCUGUGAGGCUGCAAUGCUCCAUCUGGCCACAGAGCUGGCACAUUCUGGGACUGAUUGCUCCCAGCUAGCUGAGGGACAUGGCUCUCAGACAAGCUCCUCCAAUCUCUGCCCCUCGGAGCACCCCAUCACUGUGGAGAUCAAUGGAACCAAUCCAGGUGAUAGUGAUGCCUGGAUGAGCACUGGUCUCUACCUUCUGGGAGGACAAAGCGCAGAGGUCUCUCUCUCUGAAGCUGCUGCCUCUGCUGGCCUGAAGGUGCAGAUUGGAUGUCACACUGAUGACCUAAGCGAGGCCGAGAAGCUGUCUCGAGCUCCUGUGAUAACUUACCAGUGUUGUAUGGACAGAACCCAGCGGUCAGUCUCCUGCCUCUGGGGUGGUCUCCUGUACGUCGUUGUGCCCAAGGACUGUCAGGUGGGCUCUGUCUCUGUUACCAUCCAGAAAGCAGUGCCUGCCCCAUUCUACAAGCUAGGGAAGACAACCCUGGAGGAGUGGAAGAGCUGUAUCCAGGAUAACGUAGGCCCCUGGGGAGAACUGGCUACAGACAACAUCAUCCUGACAGUACCAACUGAAAACCUCAAGACUCUGGAGGACCCAGAGCCUCUGCUCCAGUUCUGGGAUGAGAUUAUGCAGGCUGUGGCGAGGCUGGCAGCCCAGCCCUUCCCUUUCCAAAGACCUGAGAGAAUCGUUGCUGAUGUGCAGAUCUCAGCUGGCUGGAUGCAUGCAGGGUACCCCAUCAUGUGCCAUCUGGAGUCUGUGCAGGAGCUCGUCAGUUUGGAAGACAUGAAAAGUAAGGGCCUGUGGGGACCCAUCCAUGAGCUGGGUCACAAUCAGCAGCGUCAUGGCUGGGAGUUCCCUCCCCACACCACCGAAGCCACCUGCAAUCUCUGGUCAGUCUAUGUGCAUGAGACAGUCCUGGGGAUUCCCAGGGCUCAGGCCCACCCUGCGUUGAAACCUAAAGAACGAGAAAUGAGGAUCAGAGACCAUCUUCAGAAGGGAGCACCUCUGGAUAACUGGCAUGUCUGGACAGCGCUGGAGACAUAUCUGCAGCUCCAGGAGACCUUUGGGUGGGAGCCAUUCAUCCAGCUCUUUGGUGAAUACCAAACCUUCUCUGAUCUCCCCAACAACAAUGAGAGCAAGAUGAACUUAUGGGUGAAGAAGUUCUCUGAAACCGUUCAGAAAAACCUGGUCCCUUUCUUUGAAGCCUGGGGCUGGCCUGUCCAGAAGAAAGUGGCUGAGAGCCUGGCACACCUGCCCUCCUGGCAGGAUCACCCCAUGAAGGUGUACAUGAGUGUGGAGAAGUAAGGGAUGUGGAGCAGGAGGGGCAGCGGUGGGGUGGGAUGAGAAAGGACCACA